ACGUAAACAAACAUGGCAGUCAGCUGACGAUUCUGCAAUCGUGGACAUCUGAUGAAAAAAACGUAUUUGUCUCAGCUUUAGCAUGAAUUAAAUCGACUAAAAGAAUGUGGGUCAAACCGGAGGAAGUUUUAUUAGCCAAUGCACUGUGGGUGACAGAGAGGGCCAACCCUUUCUUUGUCCUUCAGAGGAGGAAGGGUUAUGGAGGGGGUGGACUCACGGGACUGUUAGUUGGGACCCUGGACACAGUGUUAGACAGCAAGACUCCACCAUAUAGAAUUUUACACCAGACCCCAGGUUCAGAGAUAAGCUAUAGUGUGGCAGUAGCAAAUAACAAAGUAGAAAUACACAAAGACUGGGAAUGGAUAGAACAGAAUCUGAUGGAGACACUUGGUGCAUUUGAAAAUGAGGAGGAUGCCACUGAGUUUGUGAAGUGUAAGAUAGAGAGCAUGUACACACAUGAGCACAAGCCUGGGGAAGUUGUAGAUGAGGAGGCUCAGAAUUACAAAACUUCAACCCGGAAGUUCAUGAAGUUGUUUAACAUGCCAAGGGAAGAGAAACUUGUUAAUCAAUAUUCCUGCAGCCUGUGGAAGAAUAAUAUACCUCGUCAGGGCUGGAUGUACCUAAGUGUCAAUCACCUGUGUUUCUACUCCUUCCUGAUGGGGAAAGAGGCCAAGGUCAUCAUAAGGUGGACAGAUAUUACAAAACUAGAGAAGGGCAACAACAUGCUUUUUCCUGAAAGUAUCAAAGUAUCAACUAGGGAAGGGGAGUAUGUGUUCUCUAUGCUUCUUCGCAGUAGUGAAACUUUUAGGCUGAUGGAACAGUUGGCCAAUAUGGCUAUGAAACAGUUAAUGCAGGAGGGAGGCUUUGAAGAGGACAAAACAAUUGUUGACAGAACUAAGAAAAGGACACCAAAGCGAAUGUCCUCAAUAAAGCGAGACCUGGAUGCCCGAGCUAGAAGUGACGCGUUCAGGUCAGCCUUUUGUCUUCCCCUGGAUGAGAAGUUAGACGGGGACACGGACUGUGUCCUAUGGACUCCCUAUAAUAAACAGCACACCUGGGGGAGACUCUACCUCUCCAGUAGCUAUAUCUGCUUUGCCAGCAGG